AUGCGUAUCACAAAACCAUUUGCGGUUCUGAUGACAGUCUCAGUUUUGUAUGCGACUGAACCACCGGAAGUCCAUAUGAAUGUUAUGGAAAUAAUAGCAUAUUACGGUUACCCAGCCGAAUUAGUCGAUGUUAAAACAGAUGAUGGAUACUUCCUGCAAAUGCAUCGCAUUCCGCAUGGCAAAAACGAAACAGGUAGCGAACCGUACGGUAAACGACCCGUGGUGUUCCUUCAACAUGGUUUGUUGGCAUCGAGCGCUGAUUGGGUCAUCAAUACAGACAAAAACUCCGCAGGUAUAACAGCGAAACUGCUCGUUACCAGUACAAAAAAUGCUUGCAAUGAGAUGAAUUCCUGA